AUGCGUUUAAAGAGUAUCAUUCUUCUGGCUACUGCUGCUGCUGCUAUUUCAGGCUUCGCAAGUUCCUUUGACCCCAAGGAAGAGGUUGUCAACCCUCCGAUCACUGAGACUUCGAGCGAGGAAGGCCACGGAGUCGUUAACAGUCCGGUGAACACCUCCGCGGACGCGGAAGAGCGGGCGCUUCAGUUAGGAUUUCAUUCUGGGGCCUACGCCUGGGUAGAUGCUGCUGCAACCACAAUCUUGCGCACAGUAAACGAACACGUCAAGUCGAUGCUUCUGAUCAAUGCUAAAACACUAGCGGAAGCGGUGGAUCAGGGAACCGUAGAGCACUACCUGCUCAUCCAUCCUGAACGCCUUAAACAGACACAGAUGUUGCUGCAGGCGUCCGGGAAGACUAAAGUAGCUUAUGCGGUAGCACUGCUUUGGGACGUUGCACAAUGGAGCUCAACGGUCCAAAAGCGCGGGAUGGACAAAAAGACUAAGCUUCGUUCGAGAACUUUGAUGAAGCAUUGGGGUGUAAGUCACGCGGCCAAACUUCGGAUAGUUUCCAGCUUUGAGCAAGAGCCUUUGAAAGUUGUCAAGCACCUCUGGAAGGUCAUGGAUUUUUCUGGACCCUAUAACCUCAACCUGAUGCACGUAAUGGAACGACACAUUCAAGCCUUCAACAAAGCACUCAAGAAGGACUACAUACUGGUGAAUGUGCUGUCAGAUGCCUGCGGCAGUGACUUUAAAUUGGCACAACUGAUUGCGACGAGCAAAGUUGCUCCGGAUUCUGACGACGGAAAGUUGCUGAACCGUCUGAUUACAAGCUGGUUGAAAACUAACGACCUCACGUCAAAAAAAAAAGAAACGCGCCGCCUUUACGUCCAGCUCUCCAGGUUGUACAAGUUCUCGUGA